CCGCCGCCGCUAUGCUGAGCCGGCUCGGAGCGCUGCUGCAGGAGGCCGUGGGGGCGCGAGAACCCAGCAUUGACCUCCCGGAGGCCUUUGUGGAGCACUGGAAGGGCAUCACUCACUACUACGUCGAAACCACAGAUGAGAACACCCCAGCCAAGGAGACGGACAUCCCGUGGCACCUGAAGCAGAUGCUGGACAUCCUGGUGUUUGAGGAGAAGCAGCAGCCGGCGGCCGGAGAGGCCGGGCCCUGUCUGGAGUACUUGCUGCAGCACAAGAUACUGGAAACCCUGUGCACCUUGGGGAAGGCUGAGUACCCCCCAGGCAUGCGGCAACAAGUGUACCUGUUCUUCAGCAGGGUCCUCGCCCAGCUCCAACAUCCCCUAUUACACUACCUCAAUGUCCACCGGCCCGUUCAGAAACUCCUGAGGCUUGGGGGGCCUGCCCCCGACUCCCCCACAGAAAAGGAGGAGGUACAGUUCACCACCGUCCUUUGCACCAAGAUCCAAGAAGAUCCAGCCCUGCUCACCUAUAUCCUGGAGGGCAAGAAGAUGGCAGUGGAGAAGAGAGCCACUGAGGCACCCGCCCGUAGCCAGGGAGAGGCGGCUGGACCUGAGGCCAAGAGCCACUCUCCUGGAAACCCCUCCGAUAAGGCCCCCGAUCCAGGUGGGGAGAACUGGGAGGCCCUGGCCAGCGGCCCCAGUUUCCCCGGAGAACACGAAGAGCAGUCUGACGGUGGCAGAGCGGAGAAUAAUCUUCUCAUCUCCCUGUUCAGACUGUGCGAGAGCAAGAAGAACCGGGUGGCCCUGAAGGCCCAGGAGAACCUGCUGCUCCUAGUGAAGAUCGCCCCUCCAGCCGCUGCAUCCUACCUCGUGCAGAUCAGCCCUCUGUGCCAAUUAGUGGUGGGACGCCUGUGCCGGCUGCACCGAGCCGUGCCCGGCAGCCUCGACCCUGCCGACAUCACCAGUCCAGAGAGAGUCAGCUGGAGGCAGCCAGCCGCUCCCUCGGAAGAGGCCUCUUUUCCAGGCAGAGAGAACCUGACCGUCUUCUUGGAAUGGUUCGAUUACUGUGACCACCUUAUGAGAGAGGCCCAGGCGACUGUUGCAGCGGCCCUGGCGAAGGCCGUGGCGGAAAAGUUGUUGGUGGAAACACUACAACCCCAGCUCCUGCAGAUGUCAGAGAGGGGCAUUCUCACCUCCACUGCCCUGCUGACAGCCCUGCUUCACCAGCUUCAAUCCCCAGCCAUGCUGCAAGAAAUGGUGGUUUUCCUGCUGGGCCCCGUCCCACAGCCCGGAACCCCCAUGGACAGCCCCCAUCCACUGUGCGCCCACCUCAUCAGUCACUGUGACCACCUCUCCGAUGAGAUCAGUAUAGCAACCCUGCGGCUAUUUGAGGAGCUUUUGCAGAAGCCCCACGAGCAGAUUGUCCACAGCCUCCUCCUGCGAAACCUGGAAGCUCGCAGCUAUUUGGCUCGGGGUCUGCCGGAGCCUGAAAGCUAUGAAGACAAUCUGGAACUGGAAGAAGACUCCUACUUCCCGGACGGCUUCCUAGGCUCCGGCUUCCAACCCUCACCAAGGCGUCUCCCCACCACCUCCCACCUGGAUGGCAAGACAGCAGUGACCGAAAUUGUCAACAGCUUCCUCUGCCUGGUCCCAGAGGAAGCCAAGACGUCAUCCUUCCUGGAGGAGACUGGAUAUGACACCUACGUCCAUGAUGCUUAUGGGCUGUUUCAGGAGUGCUGUGCUCUGGUGGCCCCCUGGGGUUGGCCCCCGACCCCCCGUCCCCUGGAAGCCCCUGAGCCGGAGACCCCCUUCUCCGAGGGACUCUUUCUCCACGUGCUCUUCGACCGGAUGGCACGGAUCUUGGACCAGCCGUACAACCUUAACCUGCAAGUGACCUCCGUCCUGUCACGCCUCGCCUUGUUCCCCCACCCCCACAUCCACGAGUACCUGCUGGACCCCUACAUCAGCCUGGCCCCUGGCUGUAGGAGCCUCUUCUCCGUACUGGUGCGGGUGAUAGGAGACCUAAUGCAGAGGCUGCAGCGGGUGUCACACUUUCCGGGGAAACUGUUGCUAGUCAGGAAGCAGCUAAUGGGCCAGGGGCCUGGUGAGCAGCUGGAUCAUCAGAUGCUCCUGCAGGGUGUGGUGGUGCUGGAGGAGUUCUGCAAGGAGCUGGCUGCUAUUGCCUUCGUCAAGUUCCCUCCCACGCUGCCCAUGUGAACCCGCCUCCUCUCCCCUCCCCAACUGCCAAGGGUACACCUGAGCCCGGACGACGGGCGAGGCAGCGGCCAGGCCCCGGCCGGGAAGAACCCUUUCGCCCGGCGUUGGUUUCUGUCACCUAUUCGCCGGAGGUUCAUCCCCUGCCGCUUCUACGGCCUCGGCUCCCGGAGGCUCUCGGAGCGGUGGCCAGGACCUUCCGUCGGAGGGAUUCUGGGCCCGGCGAGGGUGACUCUUUGCCUGGGUGCGGCCUCUUCGGGGCACCCGGGUGCUGGGGGAGGAACGGAAGGUGUGGCUCCCGGGAUGCGUCAACCGCAAGUCCCGUCCCUCAAGGAUGCAGAGGACGGGUAGCGCGGGGACACAGACUGUCCCACCCUCUCUCGCUCCUCCUUACAGACACCCUCGUCCUUCCGUUCCCCGGAGCUCCUGGAGGAGGCCGGCCUCUUGCCUGGAGGCGGAAGGCGCAGCAGAUCCCGCUGGCAGGAAAUGGCAGAUGGCUUCAUUGCCCACUCAGGCCCCGGGGCGCAUCUCUCUAAAUGGGACAAAACUGGCAGCCCUCCCCAUCCUGCCUCUCUUCCACUGGGCACCAGGGAAGCUGCUGAGACUUGAACUGUUUCCUCAGUUCUCACCCUGGGCAGGGGUAGGAGUGGGGAAGCCUCCCCCCACCCCCCAUCCCGACUCCCUUCCCGCUCUCCCCCUCCCCUAGACCUUGCGAAACUCCCAACCACCGAUGGCAGGCACCCAAAGCCAGUGUUCCACACCCAGGCGGGGGCAGCCUGCUAAUGAGAACCUUGAUGCCACUGCAGCCAAGAAGCUCAGAGGCUGGGCAGAGGAGGAGGAGGAGGAGGAGAAGGAAUAGAAAGAGGAGGAGGAGAAAGCUGGGCCACGGUUCUGGCUGGUUUCACUCUGGGGCCCCCCACACCCAUCUCGGCAGGAUCCCGCCAUCGGAGUCUCUUGGAGUCGGGAAGGGCAGACUUAUAUCCACAACAGCCUUCCCGGCUCCUCCGCCUCCCCAGGCUGAGAGGAAGAGCCAGCGGGGGAGCUCGGCACCUCCCGCCAGUCACGGUGGGCCCUGCCCGCCCGACGUGGGCCCGGCCGGCCUGUCCUCGCCAGGGGCCGGGGGCUAGGAGGGAAAAGAAAGGCGGCCCGUCCUGUGCCCUUCCCCCUCUCACCGUGCACCCUCCUCGCCCUGCUGCGGCCACCCCGCCCGCCUGCCCAGAGUAUGUCUGGACCUGUGGGAACACCCCGAUGGUGCCAAGCAUUACCUCACAGCGAGACUGCAGUUGGCAGCGCUCCUCCUCAGGAAGGAGGGAGAAGAGGAGCAGCCCAGGGCGGCCUUCCCCUUCCCGGCCGAGCCGCCACCUUGGAGACCGGCAACGGGCGGCCCCACCCCUCUCCCAGUGGUGUUGGAGGGGAGGAAACGGGGUGACUGGUACCCUCGCCUCCUCCCGCCCCAAUAAUAAUCCGGAGCUAACCACCACCUACCAGCUGCCUCUCUGGGGAAAGCCCUGCUGGGGAGGGGGCCCACCGUGGGACUGCUGCUUGGGGAAGGUGGGCCCGGAUGCCCCCCACCUACCUCCCCCAUCCCGUCUAUGCACUUUGGUGGGCACAUGGCCGCCUCCAGGCGACAGCCCAGCAAUAAACGAACGGCCACGG